CUGCUCGGAGGUAUAUGCUGUCGGGCGCACGUUUACUUCUUCCUUUUCCUCCGUGGCCGCCAUCAAGAGAGGAGUGUGGUGCAGGCGUGCCGUGAGUAAACGAGAAAAUGGCGUGUGCCAGACCCCUAAUAUCGGUCUACUCCGAAAAGGGAGACUCCACAGGCAAAAAUGUACUGAUGCCUGCUGUCUUCAAAGCCCCAAUCAGGCCAGAUAUCGUGAACUUCGUUCACACCAACAUGAGGAAGAAUAGCCGCCAGCCUUACGCAGUCAGUGAACUGGCAGGUCACCAAACCAGUGCGGAGUCCUGGGGUACUGGCAGGGCUGUGGCUCGUAUUCCACGUGUUAGAGGUGGUGGUACGCACCGCUCUGGCCAGGGAGCCUUUGGAAACAUGUGUCGUGGUGGCCGCAUGUUUGCCCCCACCAAAACCUGGAGGCGCUGGCAUCGCAGGAUCAAUGUGAAGCAGAAACGCUAUGCUGUCUGCUCUGCCCUUGCAGCAUCAGCACUUCCAGCUCUUGUUAUGUCCAAAGGCCACCGCAUUGAGGAGACUCCAGAAGUUCCUCUUGUUGUGGAAGAUAAGGUUGAAGGAUACAAGAAGACCAAGGAAGCAGUGCAGCUGCUGAAAAAGCUAAAAGCCUGGAAUGAUAUUAAAAAGGUCUAUGCAUCACAACGUAUGCGUGCAGGUAAAGGUAAAAUGCGAAACAGGCGCCGGAUUCAACGAAGAGGACCCUGCAUAAUUUAUAACAAGGAUGCUGGAAUCACAAAGGCCUUCCGUAACAUACCAGGCAUCACUCUACUGAAUGUCAGUAAACUUAACCUGCUGAGACUGGCUCCUGGGGGUCAUGUGGGUCGUUUCUGUAUUUGGACAGAGAGUGCAUUCUCAAAGCUGGACGACCUGUAUGGCAAUUGGCGCAAACCUGCCUCUCUGAAGGCUGACUUCAACCUGCCAAUGCACAAGAUGACCAACACAGAUUUGAGCAGAAUCUUGAAAAGUCAAGAAAUCCAGAAGGCCCUGCGUGCACCCAACAAGAAGAUCCAUCGCAGAGUCCUUAAGAAGAAUCCUCUUAAGAAUCUGAGAGUGAUGUUGAAACUGAAUCCUUAUGCCAAAACAGCCAGACGUAAUGCUAUUCUUUUGCAUGAUCCAGCGCACAAAGCUUUGAUGCAGUCAAUGAAAAAGAAGAAGAAGAAGGUUACCAAGCCUAAGAAGGAAACCGAGGCAAAGGAGAAGGAAACUAAACCAGCAAAGGAGAAGGUGGCCAAACCUAAAAAGGAAAUUGAAGCAAAAUCAACCUAAAGUUCAUUUCGGAGCAGGCAAAAGUGAUUUAUAAAGUCAGCCACAUUAAUAAAUGUUUGUUCAUCUCUUA